AUGGAUCCAGGUCGUGUGGCCUCACAGGCCACCGUUUCCUCCUUCAACGAGCACCACUACCGUCGUCACUUGUACAUGACACCCAGGAUUGAUCCCCUCGCCGCCCUUCCCGAGCCGGUCAUUCUCCGCGGCAUCUUCCCUCACCUAACCACCAAGGAGAUCUUCCUCGUCUGCCGCACAUCAAAGACCAUGUACCGCCUCCUGGACAACGACGCCUUCUGGAUGGCCCGCACCGCUGUCGACUUUCCUAACUGCCCCGCCUUCCUCCUCGAGACCAAGCACUCGCGUCCCGGUUGGUGUCGUCGCGUCUAUCUCGGCCUCCGCCACCCACGCCCCUUUAUCUGGGGCAUCAAGGCUGCCCUCACCAACCCUCAUGCUGAGCCUCUAGAGGCACCUCAACCCGCGGAUCCUUUCAAGCAUGCCACUUGGGGAUGGAUGGACACUCCUUGCGAAGUCACCUCGGGAUUUCCUGUCCACGCUACCGACAACGGCGUUCACACGUUCUACGAAGCCAUAAGCGGCAUCGCCAUGGCCGACAGCGACUCGUUUAUCCCAUGGCACCAGAACAGCUACGAAAAGGACAAGGGCUUCCUCCAUUCCAUUGAUCUCGUCGAGUGGCACGCUUGCGGCCACGGAUUCGUGGCACGCGACUCGCGUGGAGGUCUCUGGGGAUUCGGCAAGCUCUCCACAGAGGGUAAACUGCUCUCUCGUCCUACGGCUAUCCCCUUUCCCAUGCCCGUGGCGGAUGUCACUGCUGGACCGACCGACGUGCUUGUCCUUGACGAGGACAACAGCGUCUUUCAGCUCCCCAACUGGGAUACCGCCCUUCAUGAAGCCGGUCACAACCUAUACGCCUGCAGAGCGAGCGGUCACGGUCCUCUUACCCCACGCAUCACCCAGCUUGCCGUCGGACAUCAGUACGCCGCAUGUCUCAUGGAGCAGAGCAGGGUGUGCGUUUGGAUGACCAAGGGACGCCAACCUCACAUGGAUGACUGGAACUUCUACAUUCCACGCCAGGCCUAUGAGUUCACGAUGGGGCACCUGGACAAGUACGAGGACUCGUUCCUCAGCUCGGCUCGCAUGCUACCUGUGAUCCCAUCUUUUGAUCUCGAGGAGGAGCACCUUGACCAUGACUCAUGUGCUGCUGGCGAGCGGAUUGUCAAGAUUGCUUGUGGCAGAGAGUUCAUUGCCGCCCUCAAGCAGAAUGGCGAGGUCUGGGUCGCGUAUCCUCAAGAACGAGUUCCCACCUCCUGGACCUGGCGUUAUAUGCCAUACUUCUCUGGACCCGACACGACCCAUCUCUACGUCUACGACGAUGUCAUUGCUACCCACAGCACACCAAUCUCCAUCAGUGCGACCCACUGGACCCCAUCGUACCUCCGCUUCGGUUGGUUUGACCCGGACACCAGCGUGCGCGAAUCGUUCCAACCCGCUGCGUUCACUUCCCUUCCAGUUGUCGACGUUGCGCUUGGCCACUUUCACUAUUCGGCUCUGACCGCCACCGGUGAGGUCUAUACCUGGGGUUGCAACCUGAGCCCAAACAUUUCAGUGGACCACCGCAACAUGGUCCGCAGGAUGACACCUGUACGCCAGGUGCCGUUUGUGGACCAGAAUGGCGCUCCCGUCUUUGUGUACGCCAUCACUGCCGGUACCCGUCACGCCGGCGCGCUCGCCUUGGGUGACAACCGCAUCCAGAUCUAUGCGCCGCCUGUCAAGGACGUUCCGGAAGCUGAUGCGCCGCGUGCUCUUCGCCACAAGCGGACCGGCUCUCGUUCCACACUCCACCGCAAGUUCUCGUCGUUGUCGCUCAGCAGUCAGAUUUCAUGGGGCACUCUCCCCCCGGCCAACGGUGCAGCUACCCCCACGCGCCCUGCCCGCAGCGACACUGCCGACUUUAUUCCCAAGAUUACCUCUGACCAACCGAACGCCGUCAAGGUCGCUCCGGGCAACGGCAACGCCUCGCCCACCAAACGUUCCUCUUUCAAGGGCUCCAGCAGUGUCGUCAAGUGGCUUGGAGGCGUCUUCGUUGCCGACACGUCCAGUGCCAGUGUCACGACUGCUCGCUGUGGCAUGUGUCACACGCCAUACUGUCUUGGCAUGGAGCACCACAACUCGCUCAAGCUCAUCAAGUAUGACGACGGUCGUGUUGACCCCCGUGAGGUAUUUCUCCCGUAG